AUAAACAUUUUCCGUAUACCCUUUGAAAGCUUGCCAAUUGCAACGGUAUCCGGGAAAACCGGCGAAGUAAUCUUACAGUCAAAAGCCAAUAUAAGAUCAGCUUCCACUCCCACCACCGCCACCCCAAAACAAACACGCCGGAAAUGGAGAUUCUCAUGGCUGCUUCGGUCCCCAAACCCUCUCUUCUCCCCCAAAUCAGCCAUAGAAAUCAAAAAUGCCCACGGCCGCUACUCCUCAACUGCUCCAGGAGUACUGGAGAGAGCAAUAGCUUAUCUAGAGCUCCUCUUCCAAGGGAGUUGGGAAGCCCGAGCAGUGAGGUGCAUCAGAAAAAUUUGAAAUACAUUGAUGACGUAAAAAAGGAGAAACCUAAUGACAUCUGGCAACUAUUUAAGGAAGCUCAGCAGAAUAUUAUGUACUUAAACAAACAGCGUCUACUGGCCAUGGAAGAACUCGACAGGGUAAAGAAUGAAAGGAACUCAUUGCUUGAUAGGGUUGAGCAGUUGGAGAUGAAACAGAAUACGAAUGACAGAAGAGGUACACUUACAAUCAGCCCGGAGUUGCUUCUUAGAAUAGAUUCUUUGGUUCUCAAUGGCGUGAUUGGCAGUACGGAGGCAUCCGAUUUGAGAAGGCUAGUCAUGGAUUCAAGGGAUAGUUCGACUGAUGAUUUAAAUGACUUGAUCUACAAGAGUGAUGCUGAAUUUCUGGCUGAGCUGCGUCAAUUUUCAAAUAAAAGCAAAAAAAAUGGGUUCCACAUAAUCCACAUCUCUACAGAAAUGUCACCUGUGGUUUCUGUUGGAUCUUUGGCAUCAUAUGUAACAGGAUUAUCUUGUGCUCUCCAGAGGAAGGGAAAUCUUGUCGAGGUUAUUUUGCCCAAGUAUGCACUCUUGAAUCUAAGUGAGGUUCAAGGCUUACGAGAAGUAGAAUCACAGUUCUACUCAUUUUUUGAUGGUCAAUUGCAUGGAAACAGGAUAUGGACUGGGACUGUCUACGGCAUUGGAGUUACCUUUAUAGAGCCUGUCUACUAUUCAUCUUUCUUUAGUCAGGAUAAAGUAUACGGUUACUCCAAUGACUUUGAGAGAUUCACCUAUUUCUCUCGUGCUGCACUGGACUAUCUAGUUAAAACAGGAAAGCAGCCCGAUGUGCUUCAUAUACACAAUUGGCAUACAUCUAUUGUCGGGCCACUUUUCUGGGAUGUUUUUGUCAAUCAGGGUUUUGAAGGUACUAGGAUACUGUUGACGUGCCAGGGCUUUGGUUCCCAGUGUCUUGAACAACCAGAAAAGCUAGCAUUAUGUGGGCUUGAUCCUUCUAGUUUGUUUCAGCCUGAUCGACUGCAAGAUAACAACAAAUCUCAUCUUGUGAAUAUAUUAAAGGCUGGUGUUGUUUAUUCUAAUAAAGUUAUCAUAAUGUCAUCUCUGCAAACAAAAGGCCAGAUCAUCAGUGCAUUGGGACAUGGAUUGGAAUCCACCUUAACUAUUCACAAGGAAAAGUUGGUGAUUUCUCCUUGUGGAAUUGAUAAAUCAACUUGGGAUCCUUCAAGCGACAAGUUUCUUCCUCAAAGCUACAGUGCUGAUGACAUGAAAGGAAAAUCUCUCUGCAAAGUGGCACUGCAGCACCAUCUGGGUUUACCCGAAGGGGCAGUCAAAAUUCUGGUUGGAUGCAUUUAUUCAAGCAUUUUAGAUGGGGAACUUGAGAAGCUAAAAACACUAGUUUGGAUGGCUUCUAGAAGGGAGGCUCAGUUUAUUUUAAUUGGAUCUAGCCAAAACCCUGGUAUGAAGAAGGCAUUCGAGCUUUUUCAGGAAGAAGUGAAGGAUGAAAAUGUCAAAUUCAUCGAUGCAUACGAUGAACAAUUAUCACAUUUGAUAAUUGCAGGAUCUGACAUUUUGCUAUGCCCAUCUUUCGAUGAUCCUCUGCAUCAAGUGCCUCUGAAGGCCAUAAAAUACGGAACAGCUCCCAUUGCUGUAGAUUUUGCCGACGACAGUAGAUUCAGGCACACUGGGGAGAAUAAUGCCGGGAGGACUAAAUUCUCACAGUAUAUCAACUCUACCUUCGCAAAUAUGUCUCUAGUCCAAGCGAUUGAUGAAAUUAAGAACAAUCCAUCGCAGUGGAAUAAACGGAUAAAAGAUGCCAUGGAAAAGGACUUCUCGUGGGACUCGGAGUGCGCAGACGUUCAUGUUUCUGCAUAUGCAUCAGUCAAAUGUUUAUAAUGAAGGCUGCACUAUAGAAUCAGGCACUUCUGUACAUAUUUCACAAGCCAGAUCUUACUCUUCCCCCCAGAUUUUUUUUAAUUAAUUAAUUUAUUUUUUGAAUAAGGUAAACCACUACAUGCCAUUGCUCUUCAUUCUGAGGAAUUUAUUUUUUGCACUAUAAAUAAAAUAUAGGGUAAAUUACGGUCA